ACGCUCCCGCCACGGUGACGUCACUCCAUGUAGUGUAGUGCAGUGAGAAGGAGCCAGAUCCAGCUCCGUCUGCGUUACAUGACCUGAGUGUAAGUAAACGAGUGCGUUUUUUGAGGCGGCGUUACUUGCUGCAAAGCUGUGGAAACGUGCCGUGCGCGAGCAUCGAUGUGCCCGGCCGAACGUCGCCGUCGCCGUAGUUGCCCGAACGGCAGCAUCGCCGCGCGCACGCACGCAUACACGUUCGCGCGACAACGGGAGUUUCACGCCACGCACGCAACCGCGAAUUGCAUGCCGAGAUAACUUCGCGUCGUCGUUCGCGCGUCCGAUCGGGCUCCGCGUCGCCUGUCCACGAAACCCGCGCCCGAUCUUUCCAAGAUCGACGCGAGACGCGAGAGUGCUGGUGAGUAUACAGAUAUAUCCGGUAUCUAUAAAUAUAAUAUACGUGUGUGUGUAUAUUCGCCCACGUACGAGAUGCUCGGGCCGCGAACGGGUUAUACGUAGUGAUGUGAAAAGAGAAAUUGCCCUCAAGUUGUGAAUACACUCGGAGCACAAGGGUACAUACGCAUGUUCUUUCUCUACAUGUCGCACGUACGUAUACGUGUGUACGUGCGUCUAUCUGAAUGUGCGCACACAUAGAGGGCCGUGCAUCUGUGUACGGUAAAGGGUAGUGCUAUCGUCUGUCGUGCGCGGAAAGUUUACGCAUGUUUAAACCGACAGGAGGAAAAGGAGAGCGAGAGGAAGAGGAAACGUCGCGUACGAAUUGAUUCGCGUUAUCAGCGCGUUGGGUCACGCACUCGUCUCGCUCGCCCGCUCGACCUGCAAGGCUCGAAGCGAGCGCGGCGGAAUUUCUUCACACGUUCCGUGUUCGCAGUGAUCCGCAGCUGUGCUCUAUCGUGUUGUGCCGUGUCGUGUCGUGCCGUGACGUGCCGUGCCGUGCCGUGCCAUUCCGUGUCGUCCCGUGCCGUGCCGUGCCGUGCCGUGUCCAAUGGUCGUUUCACGAGCGCAAGACGGAGCGCGCGUGUAACGGCGACACGAACGCGUGUGCGUCGCGAGGAAUUAUGCUACGUCGGGGAGCGGAUCGCCCGUGCUCAGUGCCGGGAAGUGCUCAUGGUGCGACGUGUGAUUGAAGGAGUAACGGCCGCAACAUCUCUAUCCGCGAUACAGUGAUAUACGAUGUGGUGUUCUCCGGCGACGAUACUGAUCCUUGCAGUCGUUGUCGUCAGUGGUGCCCAUCAUCAUCAUCAAGGCUCCUGCUCCUCCACCUGUCUCACGUCAGCGCCGGAGCGCGUUGCUGCGCGAAAGCUUGAUCACCACGCGAGCCACGUCGCCGUCGUCAUCAACGCCGUCGUCGUUGUCGUUGUCUCGGUGAUCGCCGCAGCCGCUCUCUUGCCCGCGCACGCACGUGCGAUCAUACGUCCGACGUGCCGCGUCCUCGACGACAGCGUUCGUCGCGUCCGCUGCUGGGCGCAUCUUUUACCGGCUAGUAACUAGUGUUCAAUCGUUCGGUUUUGCUGCAGUGAUCGAGAGCAUUGAGAGAGCCGGAAGAAGAGACGGUGUACCAUUGAUUUUCGGGUCGGUGAGGAUAAAGUUAAGACAGGAGGAGGCAGGGAGCAGCUGAGUUCCUGAGGAGAGAAAACAAAAGUGGAACAGCGACGAAGAGAACGAAUCGGCCCGUUUUUAAUCGACCGAGGAAUAGCGCGUUUUACGUGUUGGUGAAGUGUGCAGUGAAUUAUUGUUCCGGUCGAGGUUGUGUGUCGUUGUACAGUGCCUCCAAACGAUACCACAACAUCCGAUCCCAAAUGAAGAGUUCGGAGCAAAAUGGUUAGAGAGACACGUCACCUGUGGGUUGGAAAUCUGCCGGAAAACAUCCGAGAGGAUCGCAUCAGGGAGCAUUUCAAACGAUAUGGACGUGUGCAGAGCGUCAAGCUGCUGCCACGGGGCGAAGAGUGUCCCGUGGACGGAGGUUCCAGCAGUUCCCUUAGUGAGGGCAAUGAGGGCGGUUCCGGUUCCAGUUCAGGCGGCGGCGGUGGUAACGGGGGCGGCGGUUCCUCGACCAGCGGGGGUGCGUCAGCGACGGUGGCGUUCAUGGAUAUUAAGUCCGCAGCGAAGGCCCACGCGACUGAGCACACGUUGGACGAACGAGCCCUCACUACACAGUACUACGAGCCACAACAUCUUCAGCACAGGUUCCCCUCUCACACAAGUUCAGAGGAUCAUGGAUCCGGUGGCGGCAGCGGUGGAGGAAGCGGCGGAACAGGCGGUGUUUCCAGCGGCGUCAGUGGUAGCGGGAGCACCGGUGCCGGUGUCGGCGGCAGUGGUGGUGGCGGCGAACGUGGAGACCGGGGAAGCGAGGGUUUCGAUACACGUGGUUCCCACGGCAGCUUCUACGGCAGCGAAAGGAGCAACCGAGUGGUUGGCACCGGAAGCGUCGGCGGAGUCGGCGGCGGCGGCGGCAGUGGCAGCGGCGUCGGCGUCGGUGGUCACCCGGCGGAUCCAUCGUCGGGGGAUCCCGGUGGCUACAUGUCCCGCAAUCGUCCACCACCUUCGAGCUCUUAUCACGUGACAUCAAGCAGGGCGAGGGAUCGGCUGUAUCCAAGGUCCGGCCCGUACGUCUCCGGACCGCCGCCCCCGCCCCAUUUAGACCGUCAUCGUGGAAGCCUAUCGUCGUCGUCCUGGUCAACGUAUGAGCCAACAAGUUCGAGGUACGGUGGUGUACCGCCGCCACCAUCACCCGCCAACGACGCUUAUCAAGAUGAGCAAGGUGGUGGUGGAGGCGGUGGUAGCAGUAGCAGUGGUCUGCGACAACACAAGAAGCAACGUAGAAAAUCACGUAGCGGUAGUAGUUCACCGAGCGGCAGCAGCCGCUCCGGAAGUAGCAGCAGCAGCCGGAGUGGUAGCUCGGGUGGCAGUACGUCCGGUGGUAGCACGUCGCCCGGUAGCUCGCCGCAUCGUACCAGCAACGCGGCUGUCACGGAGGAUCGCAGGCCACUGGCCAUCUGCGUGAGGAACUUACCGACUCGCAGUAGCGAUACCUCCCUCAAGGAUGGCCUUUUCCACGAGUAUAAGAAGCAUGGCAAGGUGACAUGGGUGAAGGUUGUCGGCGCGGCCGGUGACAGAUACGCUUUAGUCUGUUUUAAGAAACCCGAGGACGUUGAGAAGGCCCUCGAAGUAUCGCAGGACAAGCUCUUUUUUGGCUGUAAAAUCGAAGUGGCCCCUUACCAGGGCUACGACGUCGAGGACAAUGAAUUCAGGCCAUACGAAGCAGAACUCGACGAAUAUCAUCCGAAAGCGACAAGAACGCUGUUUAUCGGAAAUCUCGAGAAGGACGUUACUGCGUCCGAACUGAGGAAACACUUUGAACCUUUCGGCGAGAUAAUAGAAAUUGAUAUUAAGAAACAGGGUGCCGUUUCGAGUUAUGCUUUUUGUCAGUAUUCGGAUAUUGGUAGUGUCGUUAAAGCUAUGAGAUCGAUGGAUGGUGAGCACUUGGGUGCAAAUCGAAUCAAACUUGGAUUUGGAAAAUCAAUGCCCACAUCUUGCGUUUGGGUUGAUGGCAUUGGAGAUUGCAUGUCCGAGAAAUACUUAAACAUGCAGUUCCAUCAAUUUGGACCGAUAACUCAAGUAGUAGUAGAUCGUGAGCGUGGCCAUGCUUUGGUCUUUUUCGAUCAAAUAAGCUGUGCUCAAGCUGCCGUGAAAGAGAUGAGGGGAGCAGCGCUUCGUGGUCGCCGUUUGCAAGUGGAUUUCGCUUCGAGGGAAUGUCAAGAGACGUUUUAUGAACAUCUCGAACGUCAAGGGAAUUCGAAUGAAAAAUCUUGGGAUUCGAGGCCCUCGCCAGCAUCGUCGUUUGACGUAACGAUUCCUUCUAGGCGGGAGCGUAGUAGCUUCGACUCGGGAGUAACAGUGUCGAGUGCAAGCAGUAGGUUCACGCGCUACGAUACGCCCCCGCGAUCAAGAACAACAAGCUACUCCCGUACUUCCGGAGGCAGUACACCGGGCGCGAGUCCAGCUCAUCCCACCGCGAUGUCGCGGAGUAACAGGCGCUCCUACCAGGAAUCCUACUACGAUGGCGACUACAGCGAGCCGACGUCACGACGAUUCCGCAGCUACGACGAGUUCAGUCAAGGCAGCGGUGCGAGUCACGACGACUAUCAAAGCAGUGUUCUCAGCGAUGGCAAACUUAAUGACGACGACUGUCCGCCACCAUCGCGGCGUCACGUGCAAAGCGUCGUUACGAGUGUUGAUCCACCACCGCCACCAUUACUGCCUCCACCCGAUAUCCGGCAUCUCCAAAAGGAGCGCGUCCAUUUGCUGGAACAGUUGGAGGAGUGUCAUAGUAGCGGCGACGAAGUUGGCUUUGCACCCAAGAAACGUACAAAGCAUAACGAUAACUCAUCGACGACAAUACUUUGCGAAGACGACGAGCCAGAAAUUGCAUCGUUGCUCGUUACCUCGCACUCUAGUAGAAAGGGCAUGGAGUUUAGGCGCGUUAGUGAUAGCAAAGUAGUAGUGCAUCAUAACACGAGAAGAGCUAGUUGCGAGGGUAGGGGUCCUGGACCUUGCAAACGUCGUCGAGAUACCACUAACAGGCAUCACGAGCAUCAUGAUGGGUCUCGACCAGGUACUCCUCUCGUCGAUGAGCGACCGGAGAAUCUAGUACCCAGCGAACCGCGACGGUUUAGAGAAAGGAGUCACGAGGGCCCGCUGUCGCUGCCUUUACCAAGGUUUGCGGCGCAAAUGUUGAAUAACAACAAUAACAACAACAACAACACAAGCAGUAGCAACAAUAAUAAUGGCAGCAGCACUCGAUCGAGUAAUGCUAGUCUCGCAAAAGUUGCUAGUCCGCCAUGUGCUGCCAGCUUGUCUACUGCGCCCAGUCCUCGUACCGCUCCGCAACCGCCGGCUUCGCCACCACCUAGACACGCGAGUUUGAGCCCGACCAGUUCGGACAGCGAGGCUGCACCUCAAUCUCCCAGUUUGGAAGAGAGGAUACGUUCUCUGGAUGAAAAGUACGAAAAGUGGUCCGGCUCGAGAGCAUUGAGUGCCGCUGGCGGUGAUGCUCUGGCGAAGCUCGAUGCUAGCGUUUCGGAAAAGUUCAAAUUUCGGCAUAAAUUGCUCGAUAUGGACCUUCAUGAAGUGCAACCCUCCGACAUCGUGAAAUCGGUUCUUGCAAGAAGAAGCGUUUUCGAUGAGGACUCGAAACGAUUGGAGAACUUUAGUGAGAAAUAUGAACCGCGGGAAUUCACCGGUGUCAUUGGCGUUAGCUCCAUGAUCGGUAGCACCGCUGGCCUUACCGCUAGUAGCGGCUGUACCAGCAAAGUUUGCUUGCAGUAUCCGUUUCCUAGUCAUCCGCCGGUACAGCCGACCAGCGGUACUUCGGUUACCAGUCAAGUCGGUAUUAAUACGCCAUUGUCUGCAAGUCUGACCCCGACGACGGCCAUGUCGGUCCCGUCGGCACUGAAGACCGAUCCACGGAUAGCGCAGCAUAACUGCAUACAUCCAACACCGGCAACGCCGAUCACACCCGGUACUUCGAUCAAAACGGUUAGUCCCGAAUUACCACCGGUUUCUCUGCCAAUUGGUCUUGGCAGCGGAACUGCAGCCAGUAGUGGCAAUGGCAGUGGUUUAGCGUCAGCCAGUAGUCUUCUAAGCAGCAACGGUAGCGUAGGUAGCAUUCACAAUCUUGGAGCCUCGACGCAUCGGGGAUUGAGCAUCUCCGCGACUACUGCAUCGCCUCUGGCGACUGCAACGUCAACGGAUGCCUUUUCUUCAUCUGCAAUAACAACAACGGCAGUGCCGGUUACUACAACAUUGAACGCGACAUUAUCGACGUCUGCCACGACGACAGUAUCUGUAACGGGCGCGUUAUCUUCCAUAAUUACGAGUUCGAUAGCUCCAUCGUCUUCCAUAACAUCCUCAUCCAACUCUUCCUGUUCAUUGUCAUUAUCCGCAUCUUCCACAGACAUGUCUCGUUCCCGUUUGAGGAAGGAGAGUUUGAGUUGCAGUAGUCGAGAGAACAGAGAUUCCCGUGAUGUUAAAGAUAGUAGAGAAUCAAAGCAUAGUAAAGGAAAAGAUUGUCAAAGAAGAUCACGAAAGGAUGAAGCUGAUGUUGAAAGAAAUCGCAAAGAUAGGGAGGAAAGAGAAAGUUCGAACAUUGCGAACGACAUCGGCAACACGGAUAAUCAUAGGGAUUUCAAGGAUAACAAGGAAUUGAGGUACGAGCGAAAGGAACGAGAGGAAAAAGACAGAAGGGAUAAAGAGGAUCGUGAUAAACAGGAUCGAAGAGAUAAGGAAGAUCGUGACCGACAAGAGAAGAAAGAAAGGGAUGAACGCGAGAGGCGCGAGAAAGAUGAGGAGAGGCGAGAGAAGGAGAGGCUAGAUAAAGAAAGGCAGGAGAAAGAUAGAAAAGAACGAGAGGAAAGAGAACGGGAGAGGAAAGAAAGAGAGGAGAAUGAACUUAAAGAAAAGGAGAGACGAGAGAAGGAACGUAUCGAUCGCGAGAAAAGAGAACGAGAAGAAAAAGAGCGGCAGGAACGGAGGGAACGUGAGGAGCGUGAAAGAAGAGAACGUGAAGAACGCGAGAGAAAAGAACGAGAAAUCCGUUUGGAACGCGAAAAACAGGAGAAGGAACGACUUAGGAGAGAAAGAGAGGAACAAGAGAGAAGAGAGAAAGAAGAACGAGAUAGAUUAGAACGGGAAAGAAAACGAGAAGAAAAAGAGCGUCUUGAGCGGGAAAGAAAGCGAGAGAGGGAGGAGAAGGAGAGGCUGGAACGUGAACGACGGAAAGAAAAGGAAGAACGAGAAAAGAUUGAGAAAGAGAAACGCGAGAAGGAAGAACGGGAGAAACACGAGAAGGAAAAACGACGAGAACGUGAGGAUCAAGAAAGGCGAGAGAAAGAGAAGGUUGAGCGCGAAAAGAGAAGAGACCGUGAGGAGAAAGACAAAGAGAAGCGAGAACGUGAUGACAGCAGGCGGCAAUCGACCGAGAAUCAUCUACAUUCAUCUGUCACGCAAUCUCAGAGUCAAGUUACUCCGGCAUCAGUGCCAAUCAAGCGCAGGUGCUCGUCUCAGGAUGGCCCCGUAGACGAAGAUGUUAAGCGCAUGAAAAUUUCGGAUCAUCGACGGGAUAGCAAGGACCGGUCAAGGCAAAAUAGAAGAUCAGAGGAUCGCAAACACCGUAACGAUUCACAUCGUUCUAGUCGAGAAAGCAGGGAAAGCCGCGACAACAAGGAAAGCAGCAAUGCGACGCAGGACGGCCGGGAAGGUGCGCACAGCGAAUCGACUCGGGAAACCAACUCGCGAGACAGUGGUAAAGAGAAGCAGCGGAGUAAACGGAAUCGGUCGGAAAAGGAGUCGAGAGAGCGUAGUCCAAGAGUCUCGCAUGAAUCCGACAAAGAAUUUCUGUCGAGAUUAGAACUUUCUAAGAAAAACGAUUCAAGUUUGAACGAGCAAGCUUCCGUGACGUCAAAUCACACGAGAGACGUGCAACAUCAGCAACAGCAGUCUACCUUGAAUUCGCACAGCGAUAUGGACGAUGGUCCCCUCUCCACUCAUGAAAUACAAGUGGCGAGGAAUCCAUCGGCUACAGAUACGGAUAGCGACGAGCCGAAGAAACAUUCGAUUUUCGACAUUGUCGAUGACGAGCCUGCUUACAUCAGCAUGUACGAUAAGGUAAAGGCCCGUUCGACAAAGAAUAUGCAAAAACUGGAAGAGGAGAAACGUCAAGUACGCCUAAAAGAUAAAUUCUCACAGUUGAAACAAAGUCGCGCUAGACGAGAGGAGAAGAAGCAGAGUACCUCGUGGGACGGAGAUUCAGUUAGCAGCAAAGCUUUGACCGAGGAUGAAGCUACAUCCGAGUCGGAUUCGACGCGAACCAAGUCGCUCUCGAGGAAGGGCUCACGAUCGCGAAUUCAUUCAGAUACUAGUGAGGAGGAGGAAUCAUUCAACAAAAUUCGCAAACCUACAAAGACAGAAAGAUUUCUUGAAAGCGACGUGGAUCUCGGUUUCGCCGAUACCGAGGAGAAGCAAAAUGCUCUGGAAACUUCGAACGUUAUUGUUAACAGCGUGCAUACGAACAUCAAAGAGGAGCCUCGUACAUCCGAUGAAGAUGAACGAAUCUCUGUUGGUUUCCGCGCGAAUCAUCCGCCAAUAGUGAACAAUCACGACAGAGAUCCGCGGAAAAAGUCCCAUAAGAAGAAACAAAAGCGUCAAAAGAACAGUGUCUCGAGCGAAAAUGCUAUAAAAGUUGAACCGACAGAGGCUUUGGAACACAAGAAUAAAACCAAUGUCAUCACAUCGAAUGCAGAAUGCCGACCGAAUCAUACAGAAGCAACUACUAUUGCUGCUACGGCUAUUGUCGCGACACCGUUGGAAAACGCUGAGGAGAGGAUGCGCGCUGACAAAAAGCAACGUAGUAAGAAGGACAAAAGACGUGAUCGCAACGGGGAAGAUAAAGCCAAAGCGAGACGAAAGAGGCUCAAUAGGCAAGAGGCAAGGGAUUCUCAACGUAUGGUAGACAUCUUCGGCCCGCUUUCGGACGACGUUGAUGACGGUCCAUCUAACACAUUCUUUAAUAGAUUUGGCAUGACAUCGGAAAACAGCGCUUACGCGUCGGACAGCGACGGCGGUCGUAGCUCGCUUGACAUGGAUAGAGUAAGACAAAAAACAGAGAAGAAACGGCGUCAUCAACCAGAGGAUGAAAAUAGUGUUGAUUUAGCCGAAGCUGGUCGUGAGAUCGAGGCGAAACUCUUGAGCAUGCCGAACUCUCCGAAGGCUGCUCCAGCGUGUACUGAACCUAGUGAUCACGACGUUUUCCGCUUCACUGAUGAUAACGACAGCGUCGAGCCGUCCACACCUUCAACAGUGCCGGAGAAGGUUAAAGAAAAGAAGAAGAAACGGAAGAAGUCAAAGGAGGAACGCAGCCGGAAGGACUAUCAUCAUCAUCAUCACCACCACCAUCAUCAUCACGAGAAGAGUGGUGAAUUACCCUAUCUAGGCGCCGAAUCUAGUUCACCGACAGCGGGCAGUCCAUUAGUACCUAAGACAAUAUCGCCCAGCUUGCCUACGCCCAGAGACGCACUGUUAAGUCCGAUACCUAAAGUUACUUCCAACGUAUCGACCGUGUCGUCCAUUACUCCUCCAGUUGUAAGCGGUAGCAUUCAAACUUCUAAGUCGGAAAAGAAGAAGGACAAAUUUAUACCCGGCUUUGGAAUAGAAAUAGAUGAGACCAUUCACGAGAAUGCUGUGAAGAGUAUCUCAGAACCUGACGAAAGAGGAAACAGUUGCCAAUCGCGUAAUAGCAGAGAGGAACCGGAAGUGACUGUACCGACGACACCACCGGCUCAGAACGAGGACAAGCCACGAGUGGCGAUAUCGCAAGAGGAAACUGAAGACGCGGUUGCUGCUUUGCUUGAAGAGACAUUCGGCGCUUCGACGGAAGACUUUUCUUACGAGGGCGAAGAGGAAGAGGAUGGAGAAGCCAAUGAGGUCACUGAAACUCCAGCUGAGACGCCUCAAGAGGACGUCGAGGAGAUGCAGCAAGCCGUCGAUAGCCUGAAUGCCUCAACGGGUGAAGGUGAUGCGGAUUUGAAGCCAGAUACACCGCAAAGUGAGCAUGAUUUGCAAAUCGAUACGGACACGGAAGAAGAUCCGAAUUACGAGACGGUCGAUCUCACGCAACCGCCAAAGACGCCGGAUAUACCGUCAUUCUAUAAAACUCCGACGAAAGCGCUGAAUAUGGCGCCAGUUUUAACCACACCAGAGAAAUCGGUUGAAGCGCGAUUACCAACCACGGUCACAAAACCGCAGAGCCCACCGAGUUCUGUGAUCGCUCAUUCUUGGAACUUGAAUGAGCACAACAAGCCUCGCGAAUCUGUGAAACAGCUAGAAACGAACGUCGAAUCAAACGUUGAUGUCACCAGUUCGGAAAGAAUGGCACAAAAACACUCCGCGUCGCCAUCAUCGCCUCAAUACAAACAACCGAUAUUGACACCUUGCAGUGCACCGAUCACGAGCGAAGUACCAAAAUCCCUUACUGUUGCAAGUACACGACCAUCAAUUACACCCCUGUAUCAAAGGCUUCCUGUGUCUCCGCAGUCUCAAAUGGUACCGAUGCGCCAGGCUUCUCCGAAAAUGCAAAACGUCACAACAGUUUCUUGCUCGUCGAACGCGACGUCAUUGCCACCGUUAGUUCCAUCAAGAAUACCACCUCUAGUACCGUCGCAGCAAUUGUCGCCACGCGUUUCUCAACCGCUUUCACCUAAUGGUCAAUGGUCGCGGAAUCCUACCAUGAGUCCGCACGUGCCUAACAUGGGAAAGAGAAAAGCUUCGCCACCACCUACUAAGAUCGCGGUAUGUGUACCAAUCCCCGCUCACAGGCCGGAAGCACCGAUCCAACAAAUUUAUUCUACUGCGGCGACUCAGCAACCGGUGAUUCAGCAUGCCUCCGGAAUGCUAGCGCCCGCGCCCGGUUACCCUCGUGGCGGCUUACCGCCGUUGACUCUGAAUAUUCCACCGCGGCCUUACAUGCCGGUACCGCCGCUGGCGUCCGGUAUACAGGUCAAAAGUUCGCGAGACUCCUCACUGGGCGGUAAAUCCGUGAUUGAAACGCUGCUGCCUGUAAAUCCAAACGAACCACCGCCGAGAUUGGAAGAACCGAAAUUAUCGCCCGCCGUUAUACCGGAGUCGAAUAACAAGGCAUCCACCUCUCCCAAAGUUCCGUCGCCGAAUCAACCGCCGACAUACAUACCCGAAACGGCGAAAAUUGAGAUCAACGCCAGUACGUCUAGUCAGGUGUUCAACAAACCUGCUUACAUCACGGACAGCUACUCAUCUAGAACACAGAAGCAUAUUUCUGUAUCCAUCACAGACAACAAUCUGCUAUCACCCAGGCAGAAACAAGAAGUGUCAAAUCUUCAACUUCUAACAACUUCGCACGUACGCUCUUCCACGCCCAGUCCUGUGAUCGUGGCACAUUGUCAGUCUCAUUUAAUUCACAAACCCGUACAUACUUUAGGCCCACCAGCUGUGUCUUCUUCGAAUCAACCAUUGAUAAAGACCGUGGUACCAGUAAUUCCUCAACAAAUAACAUCGAGCACGGCAUCGCCGAUGCCCAGCGACAAUAAGAGUAUUUCGCAACCGUCUCUCGCUUGUCAAAGGCACUCGCCCGUCUCCCAAAGUCAAUUAAUCAAGUCCCACGUACCUCUGGUAUCGACAGUGUCGCAAACGAUUAUAACCAGGGUAGUACCGUCGACCGUAUCUUCCAUGUCAACGCCGUUGAUGAACGAGCAAACCACGCCAGAAUGUUUAGAGCCGCACAUAAUUCAGGAACAACAGAUGGAAUUGGAUGCUGGGGCACAGAUCAGUCAGACUGGUCAACCGAUGCAACUCACACCUCCUGUACAGCCAACACAGCCAACAGACGCAGAAAUAAAGCAAGAACCAACCGAUGUUAAGCAAGAAAAUACGAGGGACGAAACCAAAUAUAACGUAGCCGAAUCCGAAAAACCCCUGAAUCAACCGUGCAUAGAAGAUGAUGUGAAGCCGAAACAAGAAAAAGAAGAAGUAAUCAAGACGGAGAUUGCGCCAUGCGUUCCUAAGGUCGAAGCUGCCGAUGUGAUCGUACCGAAACUCGAGACGGAAACUCCCAUAAAACUGGAACCUGUGAAUGAAGUUAAGGAAGAAGACUCUGCAAAAGAUACCGAUGAAAUGGAGUUGGACGAGGAACCGAUGGAAGAUCCGUUGAAAGAACCGAGUACGGAUCCGCUGGCGAUCGAUUCCAAGGAAGAUCCAACCGACAACAAAGAAGACAGCGAUUACUGGUCCGCGAAAGAGGUGAACAUCGAGAGCGUCAUAAAAAAAGUCGAUGCUUUAUGCGACGGUGAGGGUAAUGACGCCGAUGAUGAGGGUCAGCAGACUGAGAGUAUGAACAGUGAUUCGCACGAUACCAGCAAGAACGAAUCAGAUUGGUUCGACGAGUCGAUGGAGAGUGAGGGCAAGAAGAACUUCGUGUCCACGGACGAACACGAUGAGAUUAUCGAAGUAUGUGAGAACGAGUCCACGAGGAGCCGUCGCGGCAGAACGAAAAGACGCGGCAGCCGCGGUGGAGUUACCACCAGACGUGGCAGAAAUGCGAAUGCUGUCUCGCACAGACGAGGUGGGAGAAGUCCCAGAGGUAGCAAGCACCAUGUUGAGAAAAAUAAACUGCCAGCUGACGUUUACGAGUUCCACGACGACAGCGAAGAGGAUAACGCUGGUCGUCCGCGACUUAUUCUCACUAUUAAAUCUCCCGGACCGAACGUGACUGGACCCAAUGCGCAGCCAGCUACGCCUGUGGCUGCAGUUAAGGAAAUACCACCGGAGGAGUUUGUUUCUCCGGCUGCCAAUACGAGAAAAUCCAGAAGAUUAGCAGAGAGAGACGGCAGUCGCAACACUGUCGAUGAUGUCAUCGAGGACGUUGUCCGUGGAUCUCCUGUAAAUAAGGGAUUAGCCGGUAGUGGCACCGGAAACGUUCACGCUACCCGACGAAGUACCAGGCAUAAUAAUGUCCCGCGUAAUGUACCCACGACACAGCAACCUGCCGUACCGCUAACGGAACUACGUAAGUCGCCUCGAGGCAAUCGUAAAGCGACAAGACGAACAUCUGAAAAUAACGACGAUAGCGGUGAAGAGAAGACGAAGGAAGCAACCACGAUACCGCAAGAGACUGCAAACAAAGAGGAACCAAAAUUGAUUCAACCGGAGAGUCCAAAAGCAGAGGAACCGGCUCAGGCUGUUGCACCAGCGCCGCAAAAGGCGGUAUCACACGAGCCGAUGACGUUGAUCGAUCCAGUUACUGGAAUGCUGAUACCGAUGAGGGAAUCCGAGGAGGGCCAGUAUAUACCAGUAUCUACGUCAUCCGGCCAGGCACAAACUACCAAUAGAAUACUGUGCGAAUCUCGAAGUGGCGGUUUGAUCAGCGCGAAUCCGGCGAGCAGUGAAACGCCACGUGCGAAACCCGUUCCCGAAAACUCGCCGCUGGUCCCAGCAGAACCGAAGAAAGAACCUAUUAUAGAGCACACAUCUAGUCAACCGGCACCGACUCAGCAAAUCCAACCGCAAACUAGCGUAAUUACGAAACCGCAAUCCCCGGCAGUACAAGUUACCUCUACCAUUACCGUUGCGCCAUCCUCGACAACAGGCACCACUAUCACCGCGACAACGACGACGACCACGCCAGUCGUUGCAACGGCACAAGCGGUGCCCACCUCCUCCUCGCAAACGAAACCAACGAGUCUGAAAGCACACGUGUUGAACGCCAGCAAGCUAGUAACUUCCGCUCAACAGCAGGUUGUCAUCACGAAACCUGUGCCGUCGAGUCUGCCCAAUCAAACGAUAGUGCAGAACAUCAUCAAAUCGCCUGCGCAAACGAUACAGGGAGGGCUCAAUUUACAAAUACCACCUGGCAGAGUCGUGUCCCCUAGUUUAAGCCCGCGUGCAAAGCAAGCGGCACAACUAGUUCCAUCGAAUGGGAAACAAGGCCAACCCAUGUCUCCUGUACUUAAUAACACUGGAGUACCACCCAAUCCUAAGCAGCAUCUUUUGCAAGCCGCCGCCAAGCAGCAAACAUCGACAAUAGUAAACAUGUCGCAGAAAAUACCGAUAAAUGCGCAUUCCGCCAGCGUGAGCGUCACCGCUCCAACACCGAGGAUUCAUCAGCCAACCUCGCAGCCUACUGCUCUCAAGGGCAUCAAUGGCCAACCUCACCCGCUCAAUCCAAAGACGCACCUAUUGCAGGCCGUGGUUCCGCCUGUUGUAACUGGGACGGUAGCGAGUCAACCGACGCAACCGCAUCUCGUCAAUCCACAGCCGAUCUCAACUGGUGUAAGCAAUGUUCGACCACCGGGACCACCGAAAGCUCCUACCGCUGGAAUGGAACCACAGAAGGUGGAAGUACCAAUGUCCAGUUGCAUCAUGGUACCAACUGCGAGCCCGCAGACACGUAGCGUCCCAAUGCCGACGUACGAGGCUCCAUUGCAUGGAAGUACAGGUGCUACUCCACCAGGGGGUCAGUAUGGUCUAGUCCCACCGCAUCGCACCCAAAGUCCUCCAUUACCUCCACCUGCCCAUCAUCACGUUAAUACUUCACAGAGUGAAGUCGUCAAUCAUUACGGAGGACUGACUCGCGGUGGUGAACUGCCACCCCAUUACUUGCACCCUCAGAUGUUGCAGUAUCAGUAUCUGCGUGCGCAGCAGGAAGCAUUGACCGCACCUCGGAUAGCCUAUCACAUUCCAGGAACGAGAUCUCCACAUCUACCCUUGGACCCGAAGCUUGAGACUGGCAUAGAAGAUAGUCACAGUCCGCCGUUGGAAUUGAGACGAGGAACGAGGACGCCCCAAGAUCGUACUACUGACAGUCCUCAAGUUGCUCAAGUUUACAUGUUGCACGGUGGCGUGAGAUUGCCACCACCUCCGCCGCAGUAUAACGCAGGCAGUCCAUCGUUGCCCGGAGCACCAGCUGGUGCUCGAGCGAGUUAUUACGAGCCACCACCUGCGCAUUUGCGUUCUCAAUAUCCUAUGGCUGCCAGCGAGGCACCACCCGAAAUGGUCCGAGCCACCACGCCUGAAAGGUGUAGGAAACAUCAGGUCGUCACACCACCGCCAUAUGCUUCUCAGGUGCCACCGCAAGCAGACACGUUUCAAAUGUUGCUCCAACGUUAUCCAGUCAUGUGGCAAGGUUUAUUGGCCCUCAAGAACGAUCAAGCAGCGGUACAGAUGCACUUUGUUUUCGGCAAUCCUAACGUAGCCAGGGACAGUCUUCCGUGCAACAGUGAUGGCUCCACCCCACCGUUGAGAAUAGCUCAAAGGAUGAGACUGGAACAGACCCAAGUCGAGGGUGUGGCAAGAAAGAUGCAGACUGACAAUGAACACUGCAUGCUGCUAGCGUUACCUUGCGGCCGUGACGAAGUAGACGUGUUGCAACAAAGCAAAAAUCUUCAGACAGGAUUUAUCAUGUAUCUCCAACAAAAACAAGCUGCUGGAAUUGUAAACAUUGCUGCACCCGGAUCGCAACAGCCGGCAUAUGUCGUUCACAUUUUCCCGUCUUGUGACUUCGCGCACGAAAAUUUGGCGAGGAUCGCGCCGGACCUUCUUCAUCGUGUUGCAAAAAUCGCACACUUACUAAUCGUCAUCGCUACGGUUUGAGGCCGAUCACUCGUCUGCUGGAUCAUGAUGUACCCAUUUCUUGUCUUUGCGCACCGUACGGCGCUUAGACAUGGCAUGAAGCCUGGAGUCUCCUCUUGAUAUAUAUAGCAGAGCUGUGCGACAGACAGAAAGAGAAGGAGAGAGAGAGAGAAAGAGAAAGAAAGAAGGAGGAACCUGAAAAUAUUCAAAAUGACACGUUCAAGAUGACGUUUAAAGCUCCUGAAUUGGAGUUGUAUCAGUGACAAUCAAAUGGAACUCGGCGGUGAAGCCGAACUUUAGAUCGUAGGCCUAAAGCAAGGCACGUGGUUGUGCGGUGAAGGGAGGCUAGCACGAUUAAUGCGUUAGUACUAUCGCGCGUGUCUCCCUUCGAUGAAUUUCACGCAGGCAAGCUCGUUUAUCAUUUCUUUUCUCCUUUCUCUUCUUUGUUUUUUUCUUUUGAACGACUUGUUCACUUGCGUCAAUUACUGAUAACGUUUGUGGGAUCGACCGACAUGACUCUUGGUCUUUCUGACAAGCGGGUCAGGCACAACCCCAGCCUUCAGACAAGACCUUCGAUUCGUGACGUAUACCCGCUACUCACCUUCCUCUUAGGGGAAAACAGUAAAUAACCCGUUGCUCUAGACCCGUUGGACAAGUCCACUUCACGAAGUAAAGAUUAGAAAAUGGAGCUAAUGUAUCCUAUGACUAUUAUGACACGAGUUAUUUUAAGUGAGGCUUAAGCGUUAAUGGUAAACUGUGUAUAAUAAUGGUAAAUUAUAAGCGAGCCACUGAGGGCAUAACUACUGUGAUUUUAAGUAUUUAACGAUAAAUAUAACUGCGUAAAGAGAAACAGAAACAAAACAUAAAAUUGUAUAAGGGGUGCCCAACUAAUGAUCCGUGCGGUAUGUGAUGUGCUUUGUGUAUAUGUAUAUGUAUAUAUAUAUAUGUAUAUGUAUAUAUAUAUAUAUAUAUAUAUAUAUAUAUAAUUGUAUUAUAUUAUAUUGAGAGAAAAAGAGCGACAGAAAAGCAGAGAGAAAGAGAGAAAAAGAAAGAGAGAGAGAGAGAGAAAGAGAUUGCUGCUCCGUUGCUGCUUUGCUGCCACCGGUCAUAUCGAAUUAGAAUGUAAAUUAUAAUGUUAGACUUUCUUCUCUGUUUCUCUCCCUCUUUCUCUCUUUUUCUCUUUCUCUCUCUCUCUCUCUCUCUCUCCCUCUCUAGCGCAGAUAGCGAGAGAAGUUGGGCUACCCGAGUAGGAUUUGCGGUUCUAUUUGUAGGUCUAUCCAUUUGCGAUGUUAGUGUAUUAUAAUAACAAUUUCCGACACAGCAAGAGAGAUAUGACGCAUUGAGUGAAUCAUUUAUUAUUAUUAUUAUAUUCUUAGAGCAAUGCGUAAAUUAAAAGAAAAGUUUUUAAUGUUACUUCUUAUUCUUUAUUACGAUUAUAUUAUGAUUACUAUUGAUAUAUCAUCACCAGAGUGUUAUCAGUGUCGGUACAAGUGCACCAGUUUUGAUACAUCGCGGAUGAAACGAAUUGGACGGCAAUGUAAUCUUACAUGAGAAGACCGAUCUCAUAUAGUGUGUUUCGUCUAAUUUAUUUCAACGGUCGACUCUGGCAACGUCGAUAAUCACGGACGUCAUUACAAUUAUCUCAUUAUAAUUAUUAAUAUUAUUAUUAUGAUUAUUAAUUACUACUACUACCAUCGCUAUUGCUAUUAUUACUACUAUACUAUUACCACUACUACUACUACUACUACUACUAUUACUACCACUACUAUUACUAUUACUACUACUACUAUUCUAUCACUACUAUUACCGCUGCUAUUAAUUAUUAUUAACGUUACAACAACAGGCUAGCUAGGGCAUACCAAUCCGCACAUCUAAGGACAAAUGGGGGCUUACUUGUCAUACUGGAAAUUAGUAUGGCUGAUCUCAUUGACCAUUGACGCCGCCCCAUUCCGUACACUUCCAUCCCGUUUAAGAUGGAUAUACCUAAGCGAAUGAACAAACGCGAAUGCGAAUGGAAUGUGUUUGUUGGAAUAUGACAUGACCAUUCGUUGCUUGUCCAUUCCCUCUAGGUGUAUACCCGUCCUUCAUACCCCAUCCCUUGAUUCCGUCUUGCGACGACUCAUAGACUCUUUAGCAUUCGUGUCCGAAAUAAUAAAUGCGCUUAUGUGUAUAGACCAGAGAGGUUACAAUAUAUCACACCAAGCCGUCAAAAAAACGUUUUAAAUAAAUUAAGGAACUUAUCUAUUUACGAUAAUUAUAUGCUACUGCGCGUAGGGCGCAUGCCUCUAGAGAGUAAUCCUCAUGCGAAGGUAUCACGGAUGAACAAAAUGCACUCGUGCACUCGUUUGUUUUAAUUUCGUUAAUUAACGACGAAUUAAAUCAAAGGUUUAGAAAAUACUUCCGCCAAGUUCUAUCCUUCUGUUAAUGAACCAAUAAAUUCGAUUUUCCAACAAUAUUUGUUAAAAGUAUUGCCGAAUAAAAAUUGCGCGCACAAUAAUUCGGGAAAACUCGACACUUGAAUCGUUUUACCGGGCAUUUCAAUGAGUUCGCUACUUUUAUUUCCGGUGAUGCAUCAUUUCAGUGACCGCUAUUCUGUUCAUCCUUGAGAUGCAAUUACUUUAAGGCAGCGCAAAUACUCGCGGAGCGUGUGCAUGUACAGUGUAAAGGAUGAGUUGUGGAUAUGUACAGUGUAGAGGUAUAACUGAGCGAGUAAGGUGAUAUAAAAAAGAAACAGAAAGGCGUAUAUAUUAUAGCUAAUGAAUAAGUACAUAAGGCGCGAGCGCGCGCACGUGUCGCGCAACGCAUCUCGUUUUAUUUUCACGGAAAGUGCUGCGUUCUCCUCUCCGCUCUUUCUUCUGCAGUUAGUCACGUGCUCGCGUAGGCGCAGGAUCGCGUAUUCUCUGCGCCGUUGUGUUUCGCGACGCGUGCGCCCGCUGACGGGCCUCGUCUAUCUUGUAAAAUAUCUGUGAAUAUUAUGAUUUAGUUUCUUCCUAUUUGUAGGCUACUGGUAUAACAAAAAAAUGUUUAUGUUAAUCAUUUAAGGAGAAUGUACAGAUAUCACACUAUCCUUUUUUUUUGUUUUGUGUUUUACUGUAGUUAUUGAUAAUUAUAUGGAUAUUAACGAUAAAAUAAUAACUAUGAUUAAAAAAAAAAAAACUUAAGCACGGCUCGAUUGCGUCAUUCUUGAGAAAACCCGCUAAUGCGCAAUAUUUAUUCUGUGUAAGAGAAAACUCUCGGUGAUAAUGUAUCAUUUGUAUAUUAGUAAUUACGUGAUCUCCUAAUAAUCGAAAAAAAAAGAAA